AUGUCUUCUACUGCGGCUACGCAUAAUAUUGUUAUUGUUGGCGGUGGUUAUGCCGGGGUCCGCCUAGCACAAGCACUCGAAAAACGGUUUUCUGGUAACGACGAAUACCGGGUUUUACUCAUUGACAAGAAAUCCUACUUUUACCACAUCAUCGCUGGUCCUCGUGCUGCUGUAGAACACAUCAACAACGUCAUCCCUUACACGCAUACAUUCAAGGACCAGGAAAAAAACCUUGUGGUACAAGCGAUGGUCGUGCGCCUUGAAAAAGACAAGCUGUAUCUUGAUAAACGAUUCGAAGGAUCCACUGAAUUACAGUUUGCUUAUACAGUACUUGCUACCGUCAAAGAAGCCCAUUCGAUCCUGAUCAUCGGUGGCGGGCCUACGGGUGUCGAAGUAGCAGGUGAAAUCCUGGAAAAAUACAGUGACAAGAAAAUCAUAUUGGCGCAUGAUCAAAAGCAGCUAUUGAACGAUGAUAUUCCCGCCUGGUCGCGCACACAAAUGUUACACAAAGUUAAAAAGAACAAUGUAGAGGUCCUAUUGGACGAUCCGGUCAUACUGCCUGCUGCUACAUCUAUCGAACAGACAAUCUAUAAGCCUGAAGAGCCGCUUACGACCCGUAAAGGUACUCGAUUACAAGUGGAUCUAGUCAUGUUGAUGUUUGGUAUGCGCGCAGAAACAGGAUGGCUUGAGGACACAUUGCCUUUGGCAUCCAAUGGCGGAUUCAUCAAGGUCAAGCCUACAUUACAAGUGGAUGCGCCCGGGUUCGACAAUGUUUAUGCUGCUGGCGAUGUGGCGGAUAUUGAUGAAUACAAGCUGGCUGGAAGGAGUAUGGGUCACACCCGUGUUAUUUGUGCAAACAUUAUGAAUUCAACAAAGGGCAAAGAACCAUCCAGGACAUACAAGGCGAACAACAAAUUUUUAAUGGGAAUCACAUUCGGCAAAGUAUGCUUUAAUUCAUUGUCUGCUAAUGUUUAA